CAGCCGUUCUAAUUUGUCAGCACAGGAAGAAGACUAAUGUGGAUGUGUUUGAACGUUGUCACUCGGGAAAGUUAACUUGUUGCAGUAAUGGACACGAAUAUGGGGAAACCACACGACUACCGUGUUGUAUAGAAACAACUUGUGGUAGUAGGAAGAACCGUCUUUGUUCACCGAGUUGUAAGGUAUCUAACGUUAGCCACUACAUAGACAGGGAGGCACUCAACAUUUGCAAGGAUUACGGGCAACCCUCUUUCUUUGGGACGACAACUGUGCAACAUUAACUAACAAAAAUAAAUGGUAUAGUUGUCUUUGGUGCAACAACAAAGAGUCGUCAAGAGUGGCUCCUAUACGUUUUCCUUCCGCUGUUUGGGGGUACUUUAAAUUUCCCUCCUUUUUCCAUCACAGGCGGGGGUUCGGGUUAUUGGCUAGCAGCUAGCUAGCCACUCGCUAAUAGUAACUAGUCCAAAAGCAGUAACUUUGGGCGAGUACAGACAGGCAGCAGGGUCUACUCAGACCUUUUUUUCGUCGGAAAGGACAACUUUUCAUAACUUGGUAGCGAGGCGUCAGUUUGUUUUUGUGUAAAAAUACGGUUAUCACCGGGUGUGUUCGUGAGUUUAUUUUUGUUCUCCCUUUGAGGAAAUUGUCUAAAUCACAAUGGAUCCUAAUGCGGGGAAUUCUGCCUCUGCUGCUGCUCCCAAAAGCAAGAAGGACAAAAAAGAAAAGAGAAAUUAUGAAGAUGGAGACGGGAAAAAGAAAUUUAAUAUCAAACGGCUGUUUCCUGAUGAGUUGGAGCGUUUCACCAGCAUGAGGAUGAAGAAAGACAAGGAGAAGCCUCAUGCGCCUGCACAGCGCCACUCCAGCGCUGCCCACUAUGAGGUGCCUGCCCAGGAGGCCAUGCUGCACGACCACCCUGACGAAUACGUUCUGGAACUCUUCGAACAGAUGCUGGUGGAUAUGAACUUGAAUGACGAGAAGCAGCGGCCUCUGCGGGCGAAAGACAUCUCCAUCAAACGAGAGAUGGUUUCCCAGUACCUCCACACAUCGAAAGCUGGUCAGAGCCAGAAGGAGUGUUCCAGGUCAGCCAUGAUGUACAUCCAGGAGCUGAGGAUGGAGCCCAGAGACACACAGCUCCUGGGCUGUCUGGAGUCUCUCCGUGUCUCCCUCAACAACAACCCUGUCAGCUGGGUGCAGAACUUUGGAGACGAGGGCCUGGCUCUGCUGCUCAACAUCAUGAGGAAGAUCCAGGAGGAGAAGGAUGAGUACCCGAAUAUGGGUGUGAAGUGUCAACACGAGAUUGUGCGCUGUCUCAAAGCCUUCAUGAACAACAAGUAUGGUCUGAAGACCAUGUUGACGUCUGCCGAGGGCAUCCCUCUGCUGGUACGAGCCAUCAACCCCCGGGUCCCUCACAUGAUGGUGGAUGUGGUCAAACUGCUCUCGGCCAUCUGCAUCCUGGAACACCCUGACAACCUUCAUGAGCGUGUUCUGGAGGCCAUCACUGAGGAGGCAGAGAAGCAGGACAUUGAGAGGUUUCAGCCACUCCUCUCUGGUAUGAACAAGCCCAACAUCGGCCUCAAGAAUGGCUGUAUGCAACUCAUCAACGCUCUCAUCAGCCGAGGAGAAGAGCUGGACUACAGGAUCCACAUCCGCUCAGAACUGCUGAGACUGGGCCUACGAGACCUGCUGACGGAGAUUCGGACCAUAGAGAAUGAGGAGCUGAGGGUGCAGCUCAGUGUUUUUGACGACCAGGCUGAGGAUGAUUCUGAAGAACUCCAGGCCCGCCUCAAUGACGUGCGCGUUGAGAUGGAUGACGUGAUGGAGGUGUUCCAGAUCGUGAUGAACACCGUCAAAGACUCCAAGGCUGAAACACACUUACUGUCUCUGAUGCAGCACUUGCUGCUGAUACGCAACGACUACAUGGUCAGGCCCCAGUACUACAAGCUGAUAGAUGAGUGUAUUGCUCAGAUCGUUUUGCACAGGAACGGAGCCGACCCUGACUUCAAGUGCCGCAAUCUCAGCCUAGACGUUGAGGGGUUAAUUGACAACAUGGUGGACAAGACCAAGGUGGAGUCCAGUCAGGCCAAGGCCAUAGAGUUGGAGAAGAAGCUGGAUGCAGAGCUGACAGCACGCCAUGAGCUGCAGGUAGAGCUGAAGAAAAUGGAAGGAGACUAUGAGCACAGAGUCCAUGAGCUGGCUGCUGAAAAGGAGACUCUGGGAUCUGAGAAGCAGGAGAGAGAGACAGAGAACCAGAGCCUAAUGGAGCAGAUCAACACGCUCAAUGAAGAGAUAGAGAAGCUCAAUAAGGAUCUGAAGGAGGCCAAGGCUAGAGUGGUCAUCGUCCAUGUCCCAAGUGGUCCUGCUCCUCCCUACCAGGCCAAGGGUGGUCUCGCACCUCCCCUCCCGGGACAAACCGGCAUGCCCCCUCCCCCUCCACCCCUACCCAGCCAAGCAGGCCUACCUCCUCCCCUCCUGGGUAUGCCCAGUCCCCCACCUCCCCCGCCCUUACCAGGUAUCCCCGGUCCCCCUCCACCCCCUCCUCUCCCUGGGAUGGCCGGUAUGCCCCCGCCACCCCUCCUCUCCCUGGGAUGGCCGGUAUGCCCCCCGCCACCCCCUCCUCUCCCUGGGAUGGCCGGUAUGCCCCCGCCGCCCCCUCCUCUCCCUGGGAUGGCCGGUAUGCCCCCGCCGCCCCCUCCUCUCCCUGGGAUGGCCGGUAUGCCCCCGCCGCCCCCUCCUCUCCCUGGGAUGGCCGGUAUGCCCCCGCCGCCCCCUCCUCCACAGGAUGCCGGUAUGCCCCCGCCACCACCUGGAAUGGGGGGCUGGGGCGCCUCUGUGCCACCCCCUCUGCCCUUCGGCCUGGCACCCAAGAAGGAGUACAAGCCUGAGGUGCAGCUGAAGAGAGCCAACUGGAGCAAGAUUGGAUAUGAGGAUCUGUCUGAAAACAGUUUCUGGACUAAGACCAAAGAGGAUCGCUAUGAGAACAACGAGCUCUUCGCCAAACUCACCUUGGCCUUCUCCUCCCAGACCAAGACCUCCAAAGUUAAGAAGGACCAGGAGGGAGUGGAGGAGAAGAAGAUGACUAAGAAGGUGAAGGAGCUGAAGGUGUUGGACUCCAAGUCCUCCCAGAACCUCUCCAUCUUCCUGGGCUCCUUCCGUAUGCCCUACGAGGAGAUUAAGAACGUCAUCCUGGAGAUCAACGAGAAGCUGCUUUCUGAGUCCAUGGUGCAGAAUCUGAUCAAGCAGUUGCCAGAACAGGAGACGCUGAAUGUUCUGGGGGAGAUGAAGGAUGAGUAUGAAGACCUGGCAGAGGCCGAGCAGUUUGGAGUCGUGAUGUCGACAGUGAAGCGUCUGAAGCCCCGGCUGACGGCCAUCUUGUUCCGGCUGCAGUUUGAAGAGCAGCUGAACAACAUCAAGCCGGACGUGGUGUCCGUGACGGCGGCCUGCGAGGAACUGAAGAAGAGCACCACCUUCUCCCAGCUGCUGCAGAUCAUCCUGCUGGUGGGCAACUACAUGAACGCUGGUUCCCGCAACGCCAAGGCCUUUGGAUUCAGCAUCAGCUACCUCUGCAAGCUGCGGGACACCAAGACAACUGACCUGAAGCAGACUCUCCUGCACUUCCUGGCUGACGUGUGUCAGGAGCAGUACCCCGACGUCCUGACGUUCCCCGACGAACUCGUUCACGUAGAGAAGGCUAGCCGAGUGUCGGCUGAGACCCUGCAGAAGAACCUGGUGCAGAUGGGCUGUGCGUUGAAGACUCUGGACAAAGAUCUGGAGACCUUCCCUCCUCCACAGAGUGAUAGGGACAUGUUUGUGGAGAAAAUGACUAGCUUUGUGACUAGUGCUAAAGAGCAACAUGAGAAGUUGGACAUGAUGCAUAAGAACAUGGAGAAGCAGUACUCUGACCUGGGGAACUACUUUGUGUUCGACCCUCGCAAGAUUUCUGUCGAAGAGUUCUUCGGUGACCUCAACAACUUCAAGAACAUGUUCCAGCAAGCGGUGAAGGAGAAUGCGAAGAGGAGGGAGUCAGAGGAGAAGAUCAGGAGAGCCAAGCUGGCCAAGGAGAAGGCUGACAGAGAGAAGGAGGAGAAACAGAAGAGAAGCCAACAACUGGACCUCAACGCAGAGGGUGAUGAGACUGGUAUCAUGGACGACCUGAUGGAGGCGCUGCAGUCUGGGGCUGCCUUCAGGAGGAAGAGAGGACCACGACAAGCUGCAAACCGGAGAGCUGGUCAUGCAGUGACGAACAUCUUGGCCAAAGAGUUGAUGCAGGAGGACACUGCACCCCGCUUCAGCAAACCACCCAAUAAGAAGACCAAGAUGGCGCAGAUGGAGGAGCCUAGCAUAGAGGGGGCGGGGUCACUAGAGGACCUCUUAGAGGACAGUCUAUCACGGUCCAAUUAAAGGAGAUGGGUGGAAGUUUGCCCUUAGCCACAGAUCUAGGAUAAGCUCAUCUUACUCAUAUCCUAACCUUAACCAUAGAGAAAUAUAGAAACUGUUCUUCAAUCAGUGUCUAAGGGCAACUUCAUCCUCCUGCCAGUUGAAGGAGGAGUCUGUGCCCAUUGUCCUUCAUGGGACCACCGGAUUGGACAUGCUGGGACUGAAGGAGCCAAUGGGUGAGGGCGGGGCUCUCACCAUGACACAGUCCCAGGGUUUUCCACGCUGAGGGACGACUCUUGCUUUGCCAUAUAAACAUAUCCCUGUUCAAGCAUCAGCAUCUGCACACAUCCACAGCACUCUCUCUCUCUCUCUCACAUACAUCCACUUCACUCUCUCUCUCUCUCUCUCACAUACAUCCACUGCACUCUCUCUCUCUCACACACAUCCACUGCACUCUGUCUAUAUUUCUCUCACACACACACACACACACACACUAUCUAUCGGUCUACUUUCCUCUGUCUGAAGUGCAUCGUGAGAAUCCAAAGACUCUUUCUCAGGAGGAGGGGUCCUACAUUUUCCCCGAGGGAUGGUGGGGAUGUCCUGCUGUAUGGAAGCCCUGGGUGGUUUUUGGAACACUUCUUUUCCCACGUGGUUUGAUUUAAAACCUAUUAAAUGUUGCUCUUUAAUUGUCAAAUAUACUGUAUGCUAAUGUUGUGCUGUAUACUGUAUGUUUAUAAAAGAAACAGGUGCCAACCAAUACAAUUCCAAGCUUCACAUUUCAGCUGUCGUGUUGUCCAAUAGGGUUAGGGUGGACCAAACAAAAACCUUCUACCUUAAAGUGUGUGUCUGUCUCUUUCUGUGUGUCUGUAUGUUUGUCUCUCUGUGUCUCUCUCUCUCUCGCUCUCUCUGUGUGUGUGUGUGUGUGUGUGUGUGUUUAUAUGAUAUCACAUGUUGAGUGUGUUCCACAAUCCUCAUCUCCACUGUUCCACAAUCCUCAUCUCCACUCUUCCACAAUCCUCAUCUCCACUGUUCCACAAUCCUCAUCUCCACUGUUCCACAAUCCUCAUCUCCACUGUUCCACAAUCCUCAUCUCCACUGUUCCACAAUCCUCAUCUCCACUGUUCCACAAUCCUCAUCUCCACUGUUCCACAAUCCUCAUCUCCACUGUUCCACAAUCCUCAUCUCCACUGUUCCACAAUCCUCAUCUCCACUGUUCCACAAUCCUCAUCUCCACUGUUCCACAAUCCUCAUCUCCACUGUUCCACAAUCCUCAUCUCCACUGUUCCACAAUCCUCAUCUCCACUGUUCCACAAUCCUCAUCUCCACUGUUCUAUCUCCCUGGUUGACAGGGAGGAGUCACUGAUUUACUGGCUAUAUUUAGAGCACUCAUGGGCUUUCUCGUGGCUUUUCUCAUGGGCUUUCUGGUGGGCUUUCUCGUGGCUUUUCUCAUGAGCUUUCUGGUGGGCUUUCUGGUGGGCUUUCUCGUGGCUUUUCUCAUGAGCUUUCUGGUGGGCUUUCUCGUGUAAGUCGCUUUGGAUAAAAGCAUCUGCUAAAUGGCAUAUUAUAGAUUAUUAUUAAAAGAGAAGUGUGUGUGUCGGUGUAAUGGGGGCUGUUUGUGUAUUUAUGUAGUGUGUGUGUGUGUGUGUGUCAGUUUGUGCAUGGGUAUGUUCUGUCUGUAAAUACUGUCCGCUACUGCCUCUGUCUGCUGUCAGCAUAACUGCUAGAUUUCAUAAACAGAGCUGUGGUCUUUCUGCUGAGGUUACUGGAGGACCUGCCCAAAAACUGCUGAGAUAUGUUUGUGUGUGUGUGUCCCAGUGUGUGUGUUUGCCCUUUUGGACAGCAGAACCUGUUGCUUAAUGUCUGGACUUGCUUUUCUCUAUUCCGUAGCCAUCAGCAAAUGUUGCUGCCGCAACGCUCGCAUUGUGAGGAGUAGUUCUGUCAGCUGCCUCAUGCAAUACCAAUCCCUAUGCAAAUAUAACACAUCCCUACCGCUGAUCUCAAGUCGGUCUCAAGCGGUUUGAACAUCUGCAUGUUCAAACUGCUGUGGUUUCCAUAAGUACUGAUCAGUUUGUACUGUAGAGCCAAGCACAAGUUGUUUAAGGGCUGUUACCAACACACCAUGUUGUUGUCGAGCUGAGAGAUGAGUUGAUGGUAAUUGUUGAUUCCUACAGAGGUAUUAAAAGGACCAACGUUAUCACAAUGUUUGUGCCGUGAUACAUUUCCAGCUUGUCCUCCAGUCAGUUAAAUGCUGGGGAGAAUGUCUGACUGGAGACAUUUAGCCCUCAGAUAGGGAUUGUUCGACAGAAACACAACUACAACAUUGUGUCAACCGCAAGACAGCGUUCCUUGUGCAAAUGAGUUAUUUCAUGUGAUCCUAUCUCUAUCGAAUUUCUCUUUCAAACGUUGCUGAGAGGUUAAAAAACAUAAAUGGAAAAUAAUACAAUUUUCUAGUCUAUUUUCUUUAUCAAUUUUUUUUUCUUCAUUUGAUUAGUUUGUUUUCUAUGUCAAUUUUUACUCUUGCUUGUUUUAAUGCUAGUGAGGUUUCAUUUUGUUUUGAGAGAUAUCACUGUGGUAAUGUGUAUAUGGUAUUAUGUAUGAAGUCCUUCUGUUAAAAUAUCGUCAAUAAGAAUGUCAGGAUUAUUUUGUACGACA